AUGGCCAAUCAAGUCUUGGUUGAAGGUGAUCAAGGCAAUUCUGAUGUUCAGCAGGUCAAUUCCUUCCCUUUCACUUCAGAGCAGUAUCAGCAACUGAUUUCUAUGCUCAACUUUCAUGCAUCCACAUCUAGUGGUGCUAAUGAUGUCUUACACUUAGCCAAUUCUGCCCUUUCAAGUAAUGAGUGUAAUGCUUGGUCAGAUUCUGUUUCCUUAGACUUGUAUCAUUCAGUUUUUGCUGUUAAUCUUAUCAAUAAGGUUGCUUAUGGUAAUGAUGUAUGGGUUCUUGAAGCUGGGGCCACAAACCAUAUAGUCCAUUCUUUAUCUUCUUUUACACAUAUCACUAGUUCCAUUUCAACAUUUGUUCAAUUGCCUAAUGGUGAAAAGGUUACUGUUACACAUAUAGGACCUUACUUGUUGGAGAAUGAUUGGAAUUUUGUGUCAACUCCUAGUGUUACUAAGCCAUAUCUUUGGCAUAUGAGGUUAGGUUAUGUCUCCGAUAAUAAGCUUCAUGCUUUACACAGUUAUCUUCUUGAUAAACGACUUCCAUUUCCUUCUAUUAAUCAUGUUUCAGAUAAUGCUUUUAAUUUGAUCCAUUGUGGGGACCAUUUGCUAGGUUCACUCAUGAUGGUUUCAGAUACUUCCUUACCAUUAUGGAUGAUGCCACAAGAUCCACUUGGGUCCAAAUUUGAACCAAGGUCCUCUUCUUGUGUUUUUCUUGGUUACCCCUUUGGUGUUAAAGGUUACAAGUUACUUGAUUUAACUACCAAAAGGAUUUUUGUCUCUAGAGAUGUUCAUUUCCUUGAAAUUGCGUUUCCUUUUGCUUCACCUUCUCAUUCUUUCUCACCUCACACUAGCAUCCCUUUACCUCAUCUUUUCCAUUCAGUGGCUCAAACACCUGCUUCCUUGCUUGAUUUUCCUACUACCAACCCUCCUCAGGUUCACAAUAAUGAUCCUGGUAAUGUUUAUAAUGCUGACAUUCCUUUUACUCCUACUAUUUCUUUAGAUGAGGAUUUUGUGUUACCUAUGUUACCUGUUGAUCAGGAUUCUACAGAUUCCUCAGCCCUCAAUCCAUCUCAAUCUAUCCCACCUGACCUUCCUUCCAAUAUUGUACCACCUGCUUCUUUAAGGAAGUCAUCCAGGGUGUCUAAACCACCUUCAUACUUGCAAGAUUAUAAGUGCAACACUGUUGUCAGCAAUCACCUCACUUCUUCUCUUCCUGCCAACAAGUCAAGUAUACCUUAUCCUUUGUCCACUUACCUUGAUUCCUCUAAAUUGUCUUCCAAUUACGCCCAUUUUUAUUCUCUCAUUUUUGCCAUUCCUGAGCCUACAUCUUACCAUGAGGUAGUACAAGAUCCUAACUAG